GAGUAACCGCCGCGUGUUUUUUAAAGCAGUGCGCGUGUUCAGUUUCUGUAGCUGUGUGCGCGCGCGCACUGAUGUUUGAGAGGAAAUCGGCCUCGAGCUUCCCGGCAGUUUAUCAGCACGCGCUCCCCCGCCUCGUUGAUCUCAAUUCUACAAAUUCUUCCCAUGCGCUGUUUGAAUAUUCAUGAGCUUCAAUCCGAUUGGCUGCUCAGUUCAAAACACUGAGCACACUGUGAGACGCUGAUUGGAUGAGGAGCACGGGGUGGGCGUGGCCGCAGAAAAGCUAUAAAGUGUGAAGCUAGACCUGCAGCCAGCUCAGGACGGGAUCAUUUGGCUCUGGACCAGCAGAACCUUCCGGGCCCUGAAACUGACACAUCGAAGCGGGAAAAACCCGAACCGAGCCUUUUGGACCGAUAAAAUCCGAGGAGACGCCGUGGCUAUGAUCCGCUCCCAGUGAGCCGAACUCGGGGAGAUGUUGGAGAAAAGGUCCGCGGAUCCGAACUUGGAGGACAAACGACGCGGGAAGGAAGCCUUCAGCCUGCGGUACCGCUGCGGCACUCUGAUCGGCAGCGGCGGCUUCGGUUCCGUGUUUUCGGGUCACAGACUCUCAGACGGACUUCCGGUCGCCAUCAAGCAGAUCUCUGGGGACCGGGUCCAGCAGUGGGCCAGACUGCCCGGCGAGCUCGGCCCGGUUCCCAUGGAGAUCGCCCUGCUGCAGCGGCUCUGUGAGGUCGGAGGUCACGGCGGCGUGAUCCGGAUGCUGGACUGGUUCGAGGCGGAGGGGCGGGGCUUCCUGUUGGUGAUGGAGCGGCCGCCGCAGUGCCGGGAUCUGUUCGACUUCAUCACAGAGCGCGGCGCGUUGCCCGAACGCCUCGCUCUCAGGUUCUUCAGGCAGACGGUGGAGGCGCUGCGGUUCGUUCACGCGCACGGCGUCGUGCACAGAGACGUGAAGGACGAGAAUGUCCUGGUGGACACGCGGACGCUGGAGGUCAAGGUCAUCGACUUCGGCUCCGGCGCGCUGCUGAAGGACUCGCCAUACGACGAGUUCGAAGGUACGCGGGUCUACAGCCCACCCGAGUGGGUCCAGUCGCGGUCGUACCGCGCCGAGCCGCUCACCGUCUGGUCGCUCGGCGUCCUGCUCUUCGACAUGGUGUGCGGCGACAUCCCGUUCGAGCGCGACCAGGAGAUCGUCGAGGCCACGCCCUUCUUCACUCGCCGCGUCUCUAAAGAAUGCCAGGCUCUGAUUGGCUGGUGUCUGUCCCUCCGGCCGGAGGACCGCCCCUCGCUGGAGCAGAUUCUGACCCACCCCUGGAUGGAGGCGGGGGAGGAAGAGGACGAGGAAGAGGAGCGUGGCUCGCUGCCCAGCGCGUCUCUGUGAACUGGGUCGGAACGGAACAGGAAAUAAAUCACUUUAUCUUCGCUGAGACGCUCCUCAUCACUGAUGAAGAGUCUUUAUUUAUGGAUUAUUUAUUAUUUCAUCAGUUCCUUUUUCAUCAGAGGAGGAAAACUGAACUGACAGAUUUUUGCUUUUUUUUCUCAUUAAACCUGAUUUUAAGUUUCGCUGACGUCUGGACAUCGGUGGCGCUCCGGCGGCGUCGCUUGGUAAAUACCUGUGUAUUCCUUCAAAGUGGCUCCGCUGCCACUUGGUUCUGUUUAUUUACAUUAAAUAACAAGUUCUGGAUCAGAACCAAGAUCCAUGUUUGAAUAAAAACAUUUUCAGACUCUG